AUGUCAUUUUAUUCUCAUUGGUACGAGCAAAAUGUUUGUUCACGUAAUAAUAAUAGAAAUAAUAGUAGCGGCAGCAGUAAUGAAACAUACGAAGCAGUAAAUCCAGACUUAACGGCUGCUCAAGUAACAGUUUCAAAAUUUUAUAAUCAUUCAAGAAAUCAUUCAAGAAGGCAUUCACGUCAAACAUCAUCGAAUUCUGAAAAUUUAUUGACAAUCGACCAACUUUCUUCUGAUUCAAUUUGGGAUGAUUGGAUUUUAAAAUAUAUUUCCAACAAUAAACAAAUCAGCGAAGAUGUGGUAUUUGCUAAAAAUAGUGAUAAUCUUAGUAAUAUUAUUAGUGAUGACGAUACUAUUAUUAACAAUGGCAAUAACAAUAACGAAGAUGAAUCCAUUGAACAUUGGGUAAAUAUCUAUGAUUAUUAA